UGGCGCACUCAGACUUCAACGAGAGUUCAGCGAGAGUGCAAGACAGGUCCUAGACGUCUGCCAGACAUUCACCCACUCUCCUGCCUCCUCUUCCUCGCUUGUACCGAAGCAAGCUUUGUCCUGGAAACUUAAAAUUAUUCCGCACGUCCGUCAGUCUUCACUUCAAACUCCGUACUUCUACAGGAUGCUUGUCUCUGUCAUCACAGUCGUGGCCGCUCUCGCGGUACAGGCCAACGCUCAUAUGUCCCUGGAGGAGCCCCCCGCGAGAAACGUCAUGUGGCGAAUGGGUUUCAAUCAAUUGCCUGCGCACAGAGACGACGAUUACCUGAUCUGUAACGAGAGUGGGGGUAAGAAGUGCCCACCUUGCGGAGAUUCGGCCGACAGCCCUCCUCCUUACCCCCACCAGGCUGGUGGCAUCUGGGCCACGGGCAUCAUUACCAGGACCUACACCAUUGGACAGACGGUGGAAGUCCAUGUCAACGUGACCAGGAGCCACGGAGGGCACCUCGAAUUCAAGCUGUGCCCCAACGAUGACACGAGCGUGCCCGUCGACCAGAGAUGCCUCGAUCAGUACCCCCUUGAGAUCGUCGACAGGAGGUCCAAGAAAGCCAAAAUUUCAGCGCCAUAUGACGAGCCUGAACUUAUCAGUCUGAAGGUGAGACUACCCAAUGGCCUCACCUGUGACCAGUGCGUCCUCCAGAUGACGAACUUUGCAGAACAAUUCAAACCCCAGAACAUCAUGUUCCGCAACUGCGCAGACAUAGCCAUCGUGGCUGACGCCAAAACCAGUGGUGCAGCUGGAAAACCAGUGGCUUUCAACGCUAGACCUACCGGCAACCGCGAGCCCUUCCCUGUUCAGCGCCAGCACACUCUCUUCAACAACAAACCCAGUACUCACUUUGGUUAAGCAUCACAAACUCCGCCAACGAGGCUCUCAAUAAUUUAUUGAUGGAUUUUUACGUACUCUUGUAGCGGCAAGGCUUUGACUUCUGGUAUUGGCGGAGUGAUACUCUGGGUGCUUGCGUUUGUCUGUGCAAAUGACAGAAUUCCCAUUCAUAAAACCGCUUGGACAAAGUGGAGAGUAGUUCUAUUAAAUGUAUUUAAAGUGCUGAUGUAUC